AUGGAUACAGUGAAGAAUUAUGUUGAAGUGGACCAGCUGCAACCUGAUGAGUUUGUAUUAUUCGUUAAUGGAAGAAAGAUUGUCGAUAAAUGCGUGGAUCCAGAAAUGAAUUUGUUGAUUUAUAUUCGAAGAAAACUUGGGUUGAGAGGAAGUAAAUUUAGCUGUGGUGAAGGUGGAUGUGGGGCAUGCACUGUGAUGUUAUCCAAAUAUGACCACCAACAGAAAAAGAUACUUCAUCACGCCAUUAAUGCUUGUUAUACCCCUGUCUGCUCUGUACAUGGUAUGGCCAUCACUACUGUGGAAGGUGUUGGAUCAACGACAAAGUUACACCCAGUGCAGGAACGUCUUGCAAAGUACCAUGGAUUACAGUGUGGAUUUUGCACACCUGGUAUGGUAAAGUCAAUGUACACCUUGUUACGUAACAACACAUUGCCAGCAGUGGCGGACAUUGAAAUGGCCUUGGUGGGUAAUUUAUGUCGUUGUACUGGAUACAGACCAAUAUUACAAGCAUUCAACACCUUUGCACAGAAUGGUUGCUGUGGAAGUCCUUCUAAGUGUGGGUGUGCAGCGACAGGCAGUGAAAAUUAUAAUUCAAGUCUAGUAACUGGCGAAUUUGCACCUUAUAACGAAACACAGGAGCCUAUAUUUCCUUCUGAACUGCAGUUAAAUGACCACUUCCACCGAAAGACUGUGUUCUUUGCUGGUAAAUCCGUCGUUUGGAUUCGUCCUACAACACUUGCGGAAUUAUUGAAGUACAAAUGCGAUAUCCCAGACGCUAUACUGGUUCUUGGAAAUGCUGAAGUCGGUUUUAUGCCAAAACCAAUCGGUAUCCAGCGUACACUCAUCUCAGUCUCUCAUGUACCAGAGAUGAAACAAGUACACCUGUUAGAAUCGUCCAUCAAACUUGGUGCGUCUAUCACGAUGGCGGGAAUGAUUGACGUACUGAACGAACGAAUAAAUGAAUUACCCCGUGUCCCAAAUCGUGUUUAUCAGGCUAUACUGGAUAUGCUAUAUUCGGUUGGAGACAAUCAAAUAAGAAACGUUGCAGGAAUUGGUAGUCACAUAAUGACUGCAAGUCCCUUAUCUGACAUCAAUCCAUUGCUAAUGGUUGCCGGAGUCACACUAAACAUUGCAUCUCAUAAAGAUGGAUUUCAUACACUACCAAUGAAUAAGGAUUUCUAUACUGGAUACAGAAAAACUAUCCUGUCUUCUGAUCAAGUAUUAGUGAGUCUUAGUAUUCCUUGUUCCAAAGAGAAUGAAUAUUGUGCUGGAUAUAAAGUUAAUAAAUAUGUUCAUCGACGUGAUAAAAACAUUGACAUAGUCAGCUGUGGAAUGAGGGUACUCUUCGAAUGGAAUACUGAUAAAGUCGAAGAAAUGAGCAUCUGUUUCAGUGGAAUGGGACCUACUAUUGCCAUGGCAACUCACGUAUCUGAUUAUAUUGUGGGAAGGAAGUGGAAUGAAGAUCUACUGAAAGACGUGAUGCAAAUUUUAAGUGAACAAUUUCCAAUAUCGUCACAGUUAAGAAUGGUGGAAUAUAGAAAGACUCUUUUGCAAAGCUUUUUCUUUAAGUUUUUUAUUAAAGUUAUGAAUGAACAUUGUACAUUGAAGAACAUCGUCAAAUCGCCUGAUUUACGCCGACCAUCAGUUACCAUGACAAAGAAAAUGCCAUUUACAGGCACUCAGUCAUAUCAGUGUGUCCCAGAUCUUCAACGAAAGACCGAGCUUGUUGGACGACCUUCUAUGAACGAAUCAAGUUUUGCGCUAGUUACCGGAGAAGCCGUGUUCAUGGAUGACACACUGAGUGAAGAAGGUGAAUUGUUCUUUGCCAUGGUUACUAGUACACAUGCACAUGCCAAUAUUGUCUCAAUUGACACAAGUGGUGCUACGUCUUUAGAUGGUGUAAUAUGUUACAUUGGUGCUGAAGACGUUCCUGGACUCAAUUCUUUGAAAAGCCCUUCUUCGAACGAACCAGAAGAAGAAGUGUUUGCAUCCAAACAAGUGGUAUGCUACGGUCAAUGUAUUGGUGGAAUUGUGGCCGUUGAUCCAAAAUUGGCGAGUCAGGCUGCAAAACUAGUUAAAGUUCAAUAUGAAGACCUUCCACAUAUACUUACAAUUGAGGAUGCUAUACAUGCAAACUCCUAUCAUCCACAUGAUAAGCAUAUAUCUGUUGGUAAUGUGACGUCAGCGUUUGAUCAAUCGGAUUACGUCAUUGAAGGAGAGAUAUAUCUUGGUGGACAGAGUCAUUAUUAUAUGGAGACACAAUGUUGCAUUGUUAAACCAGGUGAAAAUGGUGAAAUCACUGUAUCUGCUACAUGCCGGAAUUUAACCAUGGUUCAGAGGGCAGUUGCUGAUACAUUAGCUAUACCAAUCAAUAAAGUGACCUGCAAAACGCGGCGUUUAGGAGGAGCUUUUGGUGGUAAAUUUGAGUUUGUCACAUCACAGGCUGCUAAGUGUGCAGUGGCAGCUAAGAGACUUGCAAAACCAAUCCGAAGUACACUUACACGGGACACUGACAUGCAAUUUAUUGGUACUAGACAUCCAGUACUAGCGAGGUACAAGGUAGGAUUCUCCAAGCAAGGAAUUCUUAAAGUUCUACAAGCCAAGAUAUUUCUAAAUGGUGGAUGUUAUACUGGUCGUUCAGUUAAUGUGAUGGAACAAUUACUUGCCACUUUGCAUAACACGUACAACAUACCAGUUUAUGAGAUUGAUGGCAUACUAUGCAAGACAAAUCUACCCAGCUGCACCGCUAUGCGGGGGUUUGGAGCACCACAAUCAAUGGGAAUUAUGGAAACAAUCAUAGACCACGUGACAAAUGAAUGUGGGUUUCCAUCAGAAAAGGUUAGAGAAAGAAAUAUGUAUGAUGGACUUAGUGACAGUUUAUUUCAAGACAUGCCAGAUGUCAGAAACAUAAGAAGAUGCUGGAUUGAGUGUCUCAAGCAGAGUGAUUACUACAAUCUACAGAAAGAUGUAGAUACAUUCAACAGUUCCUUUCGAUGGAAGAAGCGUGGGAUUGCAAUAACUCCUGUAAAAACUGCCAUAGGACCUUUACCACCACAUGUAGGAGGAGCACUGGUUCAUAUAUAUCUAGAUGGUUCGGUUUUACUCAGCCAUGGUGGUAUAGAAAUGGGUCAGGGGUUGUUUACCAAGACAAAACAGAUUGCUAGUCGUAUUCUCGGUAUUUCUAGCGAUUAUAUUCAUAUUACUGAGACAAGUACCGAUAAAGUUCCUAACUCAAUACAGACCGCUGCAUCCAGUGGCACUGAUCUAUUUGGCAGUGCUGUAAAGAAUGCUUGUGAAAUAUUGAUGGGAAGACUGAAUCCAUUCAUUAAAGACAACCCCAAUGGCACAUGGAAAGAAUGGGUGAAUAUCGCCUACCAAAACAGAGUCAGUCUAUCUGCAACGGGACAUUUCAAUUAUGAAGGCAAAUUCGGCUUUGACUGCGAUGAUCCAGGAAGUAGUCGUGCUAUGUACUAUUUUUCUUAUGGCGCCGGAUGUUGUGAAGUGGAGAUUGAUUGUUUAACUGGUGAUCACUAUAUAAGACAGAUGAAUAUUGUAAUAGAUAGUGGCAAUAGUCUGAAUCCAGCACUAGAUAUUGGACAGAUUGAAGGUGCUUUCAUGAUGGGAUAUGGUUAUUAUUGCCUUGAAGAACUUAGAUAUUCACCUAAAGGGGAAUUACUGACAAAGGGUCCCGGAAUGUACAAAAUACCGUGGAUCAGUGACACACCGAGAAGGUUCAACGUAUCACUAUUGCCAGACGCACCAAACGAAGCUGGGGUAUUCUCAGCACGGGGUGUGGGAGAAAUGACAGUAAUGAUUGGAGUAUCAGUACUGAUGGCUAUUAAAUAUGCUGUAGCGGCUGCUAGAUCAGACGAAGGAGUUCGUGGAUACUUCAGACUUGAUGCUCCAUCAACACCUGAAAAAAUUAGGCUCGCAUGUAUUGACGACAUUUGCAAUAAAAUUUAA